AUGGCAAGUGGUAAAGAAAAAUAUCGUUUUGAUACCGAAUUAUUAAUAGCUACUAUAGAACAAAAACCAUGUAUCUGGGAUACAUCUUCAGAAGAGUACAAAAAUCGUGAUACGAAAAAUAAAGCUUGGGAAGAAGUGGCUCAAAUAUUGCUACAUGAUUUCGAGGAUCUGGAUGAGGCAAAACAACAAGAAGCAAUUAAACUGAUUCAGCAACGAUGGAGGUCAGCUCGAGAUGCCUACCGCAGAGAUAAAUCAAAAGUAAGUGCUUCAAAAUCGGGCCAAGCUGCAAAGACAUUUAAAAAGUAUAUUUACUUUGAAAAUCUAAAGUUUUUAAACAAAACUUUAGACCUUAAUGAAACUGACACAAAUUUUCGUAUGGGUAAUAUGGCAGAGAGUCAAAAUGUAGAAGACAUGUCUGAAAAUGAAGAUGCCAUAAUCGAGUCGGUUUACGAAGAAGAUUCUGUACAUACUCAAACAAAGAAGCGCAGAAAAAAACAAGAUAUUGAUGAAAAACUGAUGGAAUUUGUGACCAAUUCAAAAAAAAACGAAAGAUAA